UAUCAGAUUACUCUGAUAUCAGCAAGAGAUUGUCUCUUUCAUCAGUUUCUCUUCCUUGGGUACUUCAGCUUAUAUAUGUUAUAAACUUGAUUUGAGGCAGAAUUGUGAUCCCAAAUUUUCAAUGGCAACCCUAAUAGGAAGAGCAUUUGGGUCUAUUAUAUCUGUUAUUUCCCAGUGUUUGUUGGGUUACCGAGACAACAAAAAGGGGGUCGGCAACAAUAUUCAUCACCACAACAAGACUAAUAAGGGCCAACCACUUUCUUUGCAGACAGUGGAGCUCAAAGUCAGGAUGUGCUGCAUUGGUUGUGAGAGAGCAGUCAAAAGAGGCCUUUACAAGCUUAGAGGUAUAAAUUCGUUAGAAGUUGACCAAAAGUUAGAGCAAGUGAUCAUCGUCGGACAUGUCGAUCGUCACAAGGUGUUGAAACGAGUGAGGAGGUCGGGGAAAAGGGCCGAGUUCUGGCCCUACUCCGAUGUGCCGUUGUACUUCACCUCCAUGGGCGACUACUUUAGAGACACGAGGAACGAGUUCAAAGAGAGUUACAAUUAUUACAAAUCCAUGCAUCGUGGAGACGACAACGUCAGUAACAUGUUCAAAUAUGACAAUGUCAAUGCCAUCUGCUGCCUCAUGUAG